AUGGGCACAGUACCGAUGAGAAUCUGGGGUCGAUCUGCUGCUCCCACAGCGAGCCGCGCCGGGGGCGGCGAUGUCUCCUCAUCUUCUUCAUCAUCGUCUCCAUCGCCUUCUACGGACCACGCCGUCGGCAUUGUCACACAAAUGGCGGCAAACCAGCCGAAGGGUUCUAUCUAUGUAUAAGCUUUUAUAGGAAUGCGGGCAACCAGGUAUAUAUCGAGGUGGAGAUGAGUCCCAAUGGCGGGCUUAUUGAGGUACUAGGAGGGGGGUUCUGCGGGUGCUAAUACAGCGACCUCUGCAAGCAAAUCCGGUGGUGGAUUGGGUGAGGACGAAGGUGGGCUAGAACUGGUUGCCCUCGAAGGUCUGGCCAAAGGACCAGCCUGCGGGGACGACGUCGAAGCUGGUGACUGUGCGGCCGUCGCUGGUGGUCACCUGGAAGGAGAGGCUCUUGCGGUCGAGGAGGGAGUUGCUCUGCCAGUUCUGGCCCCAGUUGCGGGAGAGGGACUGCCAGCCGGAGGCGCCGCUCUUAACGGCGACGGAGCGGACGUCGCCGGCGCCGGCGACGUUGGUGAUGAGCACGAGGUUGAAGUAGGAGUGGCCAUUAAUGGUGAAGCGGAUGCCUCCCUUCUUCACGCAGGGAACUCUCCUGUAGGAGACCGGCACGAUGCCCGCACGGUACUGCGCGAUCUGCAGGAACGACGGCUGCGAGAGGUCGAAGUGCUCCCGGGGCGGGUUGCACCAGCCACCGUUGUCGUUGGGCUGUGCCGGGUUGGGCGGGCAGAAGUUGGUCGCCGUCACCAUGAUCGUCCCCGGCAGGCACCACUGCGGGUCGGCGCUGCACUUGAUCUCGAAGCAGGACCCGCAGCUCAGCCCGUUGUUGAACAUUGCCGUGCUCAGUGCCGCCGUGUUCGUCCCGUACCCCUGGCUCAGCAGGUUCCCGUAUCCACAAGCUCCUCCUACAGCCACCACCCACAUCGUUCAGCACAACACUCGCCAUUAACAGCAGCAACUCUCUCUCUCUAG